CGUAAAGAGAUGGCGCCAGUGCCACGUGACUUCCGUUCGCGAAUCGCGAGUGGUGUCGGUCCGCGGCCGUGGAGGGGAACGUCGUGUUUAUCUUGAUUACGUACGAUUUUGAAUAUAAUCGAUCUCGGCUGCAUUCCGUUUCACGUAUGUUGCACCUGACGCAUCGAUCAUUUUGUCUUUAUUCACAUUUAAUGUUAAAUAACCCGCCGCGUUUUAGUUUACGAAAUUCAAUGCGAUACCGAUUGACGAUCGCGUUCUUCGAUUACGGUUUGCGAGAGCCGGAGUAGUUUGCACCACGGCAUUGCGAAUAACGUCGCGUAAUCGUUAUAUUGGCUUUAUUCUCAGCCGUUCGGUCCGCGGAGUGCGUGAGUGUUUUUUUUUUGCGUCGUAUAGCGCGUGCUGCGGUCAGCACGCGUCGCGAGAGUAUCGCACAAAGUGUCGCGAAUGUUAAUUGGCGAGCGAUUAAAGUUUUCCAUUCGUAUCGCGAAUAUGGGUGUUUGUGGCAGCCAUAAUGAAGCAGUAGGCGAUUAUUACGGCGCACGCUUUGGCUGCGGAUGGUGGCGAAAUCUCUGUUGUCUUAUACUCGAGUGAGGACAAAGCACGAUUUGCAACGAUGUGAAGACGGCGAAAUCUCUGAUGUCUUAUGCACGAGUGAGGACAAAGCACGAUUUGCAACGAUGUAAAAGACGUGGAUUUUUUAAAGUGGGUCCAACCUAAUAAAACCCCCGGUGAAGUAAAAAACCCGGUAAGUGAGCGAUCCUUUUUCUCGACGGGGGUGUUUUCCUCUAAGGAGCUAUUUCAAGCUAAUUUCGACGUAAUGCGAGCGUAACGUGUUUGCAGACUAUUGCAUGUCGCUACGUAAGGCGCUUACAUAGUCACGGCAUGAUUGAUGGACAGCAGUUUUAUUCGCAUCGAUAUUUUCGAGAAUUUUACGUGUUCUCCUUGUUCCGGCCUUUCUUCACGUUACCUCUUUUGCGGAAAAGGAGUGAAGAAUUUUCGCCGUUUCUGCACUCUGCCACCUCAAGCUUUCUUGACCUACAUUUCCUGUACGAUAACAGGAGAGAUCGCGAUUGCCGACCUUCGAAAAUCAAAAUAAGCUGACAACGAGAACAAAGGUUAGAAAGAGAAGAAUCGAUGAAAAACUUUUAAAUUUGAUACUUUGCGCUGCAAAAAAAGAAGGAGAAAAGAAGAAGAAAUGUCUCUCUUUCCUGCUUAUUCAAGUGAUAAAACUGAAUCGACAAGUUGCGGCGAUACAGACAAUGUUUCCACCAAGUGGUUGUCAAACUCGAGUUUUCAAAUACAAAUUCCGAUCAAAAAGGAACCUCCUGACUUGUAUUCUUCGUCAGACGAGUCUUUACAUGAAUCGCUUAAUGCAGAAAAACAAGUUGAAACAAUCCCUCGGGAUACAAAGGUAGAAGCGAGACAGAAAACCGAGAAAGGACAAAAAGCUGAAAGGAAGAGACAUACGCACGACAGUAAACGACACAAGCCGGGUUACGAGGUGAAUGUCGAUAAUGUGUACUUUGAAGAUAGACGUAGAGAUAAAGGGAACAAUAACAUUAAUACGUUUUGCCCCAGAGCGAGGCCAUACUACGAUAUUAGUGAAAAAUCUCUCGGUUACGUUAAACGCAAACAGCCAAAAAAAGAUCCGUUUCACAGAUAUUAUAUAAAAAAUAUAGACUCUGCAGAAGAAGCGAAGAAAAAGGAUACAGUUAUCAAGAAGACGAAUGAAAAAGAGACGAAACAAGACGACGAAACGAAUGAAAGCACAUCUUCUUGGUGCAAGAACUUGGAGGAGGAGCAAAAAUGCAAAACUCGAGAAUUUAAUAAACAACUAACAGAAAAUCCACAUAAUGUUGAACUUUGGCUGCAAUACAUCAACUUUCAGGACACUCUGGCUUAUUAUCAAAGACAUCAGUUGGCUAAGGAUCUGCAUCGUUCUACAGUAUUGAAAAAAUUAUCAAUCGUCGAGAAAGCACUCGAGAAAAAUGCGGAUUCCAAGGAAUUAUUGAAAUUAAAGCUACGUUUUAUGACAGAGUUGACGCCGUCUGACGAACUGUCGAACCAAUUGGAGGCAUUAGUUAAUAAAGAUUCGGGGAAUAUUGUGUUAUGGCAGCACUUCAUUAUGGUCACACAAGGUUCAGUAGCGAUGUGUACUGUGCCACGAGUGUUGGAUUUGUACUCAAAAUGCUUCAGUGUUUUAAGACAGCGUGCGAGAACAAAUCCUUCUGUCUACGAUGCACAGCUGCUAUAUAUGCUGUAUCAGUGCUUGACUUUCCUAAGGCAUACAGGAUUAUGGGAACAAAUGUGGGAGACAAUACGUUUAAAUCUGAAUUUAAAUUUGAAUUUAAACAAAACCAGUUUAUCUUUGCGAGGGUCUAUAGAUGAAAAAAAAUUAAUUGGUAUGGAAGAAAUGAUAUUGAUGUCGCGAUUACCACUAAAUCAACUAUGGCAAAGAACGGAAUCAUUGAGAGAAAAUUGUCAUUGGAUUAGCGUUAGUAGAGACGAGUUAGAAUUGGUUGGAGAUUCCAGAAGGUUUAUUUUGCCAGAAGACGUAGCAGACUUUGUACAUCCAAUUCUUUCUCGUAAUUCCAACUUUCAAAUGGCUGUCUAUUCUCUUUUGUGCCUGAAAGUACCACUUUUACCUUGUCGAGAUUGUUACAUGAAAGAAUUAUUAUUGAAAAACUUUAAUUGGGGAGUAGAAUCUUUAGAAGUGUUGCUCCCAUUCACGUAUCCUAUGGUAGGCGAAAUGGCUGGUCAUGACCAAAGGAAAGAAUUACUGAAGGAUGUUCUCGAGGGACGUUUAACGUCAGGUCCUCAAUAUCUCAAAUUUCAUCCGGCGCAGGAACCAUACCUAGAUUUUGUACGCAAAAUAUUUCAUACAAUCGCGGAAAGUCUGCCUUUGCUGCAACGGACAAGUAUAUAUGUCUGGUGGUUGCGACUGGAAAGAUUACUGGUCUCUCUCAGCAAAGACGAACCUUUAAAACACGAUAAUAAAGGAAAGAAAUUGAGGGCAACAUUGAAGGAAUUUUUGAAGAAGGAUGAAAAUAGAAAUAACUUGUACUUCUAUAAAGAAUAUGCCCUAAUAGAAUUAGAAAUGGGCAGAUUCAGCAACUGCAUGAACAUUCUUGAGACUGCCAUUCAGUCCCAAGGGACAUGCCCGUCUGCGAUUACCAACAUGUGUGAAAGGGCGGCGCUUUUUAACGUGUAUAGGACAUUUAUCGAGACUCUGCUCGAUAUUAGAACGUACAACGAGUCGCAUAGAUCGUGGAUACUAAAAGCCUUUGGUCAAAUGAUACCUGGCAAAAACGAAAAUCAAGAAACACUGGUUGAAGCGUACUUACAUUCGUGCGUGCAAGACUUUCUGCAAGUUCCACCCGGUGAAAAAGAAAAAGAUACCUUGUUUCUAUCGAAUUUAGAAUGCGAUUCGAUCGUAUGUUACGCAUACUUUCUGUAUAUUAAAGACGGUGAUAUUCAAAAUGUUAUCGACAUAUUGAGGAGCUGCAUCGAUCAUUCUAAGGAGUGUCCUUAUUUACAGGAAAUGUUGUAUGAAAGCCAAAUCGCAAUUCUGCAAUUACAUCAUGAACGGACUCAGGGUAUGCAGCCUGUGUUAAAAGAAACCCUCAGUAGAAUUUUAAAUAUAUAUCCGAAUAACUUUUACGCUUUAUCUGUAUUCGCUGGCAUAGAGAGUGAAUUGCCGACUUGGAGAUUCAAUAGUAGAAGCACUGAGAUUGAAUUGUGGCGAGCGAUGGCGAUGUGCCUGGCUGCUCGUAGACGUAUUAGUCUCCUAAUGAAACUUGAUCAUUCCGAUGCAGUGAAUGCUGCACUGAAUAAGCUAUUAUCAUUUCAUCUAACACUCUCUAGAAUACCAUCGACACGAUGUUGCCCAUUGCUAUGGAGACUUUAUAUGCUUCUUCUGCGCGAGCAUAAUUUAUGCGAGAAAAAAGGGGAAGAGAUUUAUCACGAGAGCGUCACGCAAUGUCCAUGGGCACGAAGCGUUUACAUAGAUGCAGCUGAAGUAGCGCCUCAACUUCUCACGCAGAUUCAAGAUCUGAUACGCGAGAAAGAAUUAAGAAUGCACGUCACACCUGAGGAAUUAGAUAUUCUUCGUGGAUAAUGUAAUUUUGUGACUGAUAAGAAAAACAUAUAAAAAAUUGUUUAACGAUGUUAUACCUUAAUUUAUAUUUCAAUUUCUAAUUUGGUAAGUUAAUAUAGAAGUAUAUCUAAAUAAUGUAAAUUUAUAUAUAACACACAGAUUAAAAAUACCUGAAAAUGAAAA